CAUUACAAGAAAAAUAAGAAAAGGAAGAGAUAGAUUAGCUCGAUGAUCAUGUCAGAAGAAGACACUGAUACUCCCUGGUGGUGGUUAAUACUAUUCUUGAUAAUCAUCGCAGGUCAGCUAGCAGCCGCAAGUUCUUCACAUAGCGACAAAGAAGUACUGCUGGAACUGAAGACAUUCCUUCAAAGUAACAACCCAUUCCACAGAGGGCGAUAUACGGAAUGGAACAACUGUUCUUCCCCUUGCGACUGGCCUGGAAUUUUUUGCAGUGUCAAUGAACGGGUCAUCGGCAUCAACCUUUCCAACUAUGACAUCUCAGGCAAGCUGUUUGGAAAUUUCUCUAGUAUUUCUGAGCUUUCAGAACUGGAUCUCUCCGAGAACACGAUUGAUGGACCCAUCCCUGAGGAUUUUAACCGAUGCAAGAAUCUCAGAUAUCUCAAUCUCUCUCAUAAUAUCCUCCAAGGAGAGCUCAAUCUCACUGGACUAAUCAGUCUAGAGACACUCGACCUCACUGUUAAUCGAUUCUACGGUGGAAUUGGAUUGAAUUUCCCAGCACUCUGCAACAACAUGGCUACUCUAAACUUGUCGAUGAACAAUUUCUCCGGCUCGAUUGAUGAUUGCUUCAAAGAAUGCUGGAAAUUACAACAUCUCGACCUCAGUGUCAAUAAUUUCAGUGGUCAGGUAUGGUUGGGGUUUCAGAGGCUACGAGAGUUUUCGGUGUCGGAGAACAAUCUAGCCGGAGAAAUCUCGUCGUCCAUCUUCACUGAGAAUUGCACUUUGGAAAUUCUGGAUUUGUCCGAAAACCACUUCGAUGGAUCAAUUCCAAAAGGGGUCUCCAAUUGCAAAAACCUAUAUUUUCUUAUUUUGGCGGAUAACCAUUUCACCGGUCCUACUCCUUUGGAGAUCGGGACGCUACCCAAUCUUGAAACCCUGUUAUUGGGGAAGAACAGGUUAUCAAGAGAAAUUCCAGAAUCUUUGCUGAACUUGAGUCGGUUAACAUUUCUUGAUUACAGUUGGAACGAUUUUAGGGGAGAUAUUCAGGAAAUAUUCGGGAAAUUCCAGCAGUUGCAGUAUCUUCUAUUGCAUGGGAAUUACUAUACGGGAGGAUUAACUACUUCAGGGAUCCUCAAGUUGCCGAAUCUCCUUCGAUUGGACCUCAGCAUCAACAACUUUACCGGUCCAUUACCCAUUGAACUCUCUGAAAUGCCAAGAUUGAAGUACUUGUUCCUCGCCUUCAAUCAAUUCAAUGGUAGCAUUCCACCAGAAUUUGGGAACUUCUCUGCUAUCCAAGCUAUCGAUGUCUCCUUCAAUAGACUGACUGGAAAGAUACCUCCGACGAUAGGAAAGCUGAGUUCUUUGUUAUGGUUAAUGCUUGCAAACAAUUCGCUUACAGGAGAGAUACCUCACGAGAUUGGGAACUGCAACAGCCUAUUAUGGCUAAACCUCGCAAACAAUAGAUUAUCAGGAACAAUCCCGGCUGAGAUUUCGAAUAUUGCCCAAAAUCCUACUCUAACAUUUGAGUCGAAUCGAAAUAGUAGCAAAGUUCCUUUUGAUUCUGGCGAGUGCAUGACAAUGAAGCGGUGGAUACCAACGAAUUAUCCACCUUUCAACUUUGUGUAUUACCAGCUUACCAUGAAGAAUUGCAGAAAGAUUUGGGAUUCUUUACUCAAAGGGUAUCCAAUGUUUCCAGUCUGUGCUCCUGGUUCAAUUGUCAAAACUCUGCAAAUCAUUGGUUAUCUCCAGCUCGCGGGAAACCAGUUAUCGGGGAAGUUACCCCCAGAAAUCGGCAAGUUGCACAAUUUUACUCUUUUUCAUAUUGGAAUCAACAACUUGUCAGGAGAGCUCCCACCUGAGAUCGCAAAUAUGCCUCUCGUGGUCCUAGACGUCUCUUAUAAUGGAUUCUCUGGUGAAAUCCCUUCAGAACUCGGUAAUGUCAAGUGCUUGGAGAACCUGGAUUUGUCCAACAAUAAUUUCUCCGGCAAGUUCCCUGCAAGUUUGAACGAUUUGACUGAACUCACAAAAUUUAACCUAUCCUACAAUCCACUCUUAUCUGGCAUAGUUUCUUCGAUUGGACAAUUGUCCACGUUCGAGAUAAAUUCCUUUCUUGGGGACCCUUUGUUACAUGUUCAGAAUUUCAUGAACGGUAGCCGCAGCAGUAGCAGUAGAAGUCCCCGACCACUGCCGAAAAAGAAAACGAGGAUGAACGUUUUCCUGUGGCUCUUAAUUGGUUUUUCCGUAGGUUUGGUUCCGUCGCUCAUCUUCUUUAACACUUAUCCGGGGAACCUCCUUCACAAUUGGCCAUGUUUGAGAUAGCUUCAUUCUUCGGUGAGAGUCGUGCGACAGCAGCAGCAAUACAAGUCCCCCAUCCCACCCCCAUGGCCAAGAUGAUCGUUUUCCUGUUGUUCUUAACUUGUUCUCUAUUAGGUGGGUUAUGUCGGUCAUUUUUCUAUAAAAAAGGAAAAUAAGGAGCAACUCAGUACUCAAGGUUCUGCUACUGCAGGUCUAGGAGGAGCAAGUAUAUGCAGUCUUACCCCUUGUUUGGCUUGUUACAAUGGUACAAUUGAAUGCUUGUUU